UUCACGGUUCGAGCGGUACUCGCACGGCCUGUUUCUUCUGCCUACUGCGCUUCAUGUCGAGGGGAAAUGGGGAACAAGCAGACCAUUUUCACACAGCAGCAACUGGACGCAUAUCAGGACUGUACAUUCUUCACCAGAAAAGAAAUUCUGAGACUCUUCUAUAGGUAUCGCGAUUUGGCCCCACAACUCGUUCCGCUCGACUACACCACCCAGCCAGAUGUGCGCCUACCCUAUGAGCUGAUUGGCAGCAUGCCUGAGCUGAAGGAUAACCCGUUCCGGCAGAGAAUCGCAGAGGUCUUUUCAGAGGACGGAGAAGGAAACAUGACUUUGGACGACUUCUUGGAUAUGUUCUCAGUGUUGAGUGAAAUGGCACCGAGAGACCUAAAAGCCUACUAUGCAUUCAAAAUCUAUGACUUUAACAACGAUGACUUUAUUUGUCAAUCGGAUCUGGAGAAGACCUUGAACAAGCUUACGCGGAACGAGCUGACUGAAGAUGAAGUGAGGAUGGUGUGUGAAAAAGUCCUCAAUGAAGCUGACAUGGACAACGACGGCCGUCUGUCAUUAGAGGAUUUCCAGCACAUGAUCACUAGAGCGCCGGACUUCCUCAGCACAUUCCAUAUCAGAAUAUAAGCCUUUGAGGACCAAACAGACUACAAGUCAAACGCUCUUCUUUGCUGAGGCCACCAGAAACUGAAGAUGAAAUGGAGGUAAUGCAGCACCUGGCCUCAGAAACAUUUACAGCGUUUUUCUUCUGAGAACAAUGGAUCGACAGUGAAAUACAUCAAACCAAGAUGUUGCACUUCCUCGAUCGGCACUUCGUGUUUUAGUUUCCCUUUUAUUUUAUAGUCAAUGCAUCUUUUGUCUAAUGAAAUGAGUAUCGUUUCUGAGAAUCGAGGACUCGACCCCGACCUGUAAGCCCACAGCUCCCGAUUCAGCAGGGCUAAAGAUUGAAACAAGUCACAAAUCUUCACUUCUUAAAAGAAUCUUAUUUUUAAUAAAUCAAAAGCACUGAUAUCUACAAAAUGUAGACAAUUUUUUUCCAACAUGAUUUGUUUUUUUUAGAAAGUACAGUACAAUUUAAGUAGAUCUCUUUUUAGAGUGUUAUUUACAAUUCUUUUUUUGUCGUUUUUUAUUUUAUUUUAUUUUCAAAAUGUAACAACUUUCUUCUCCCCGUUCACCUCACGAUCGGAAAUUAAAUGAACGUUUGUAUAAAAGAAAACGAUAUGAAUGACAGUGAUUUCGAAAAUAAAGUUAAGGAACAAAGACAGUUCGACGAGGAUCGACGCAGUUGGCAAAAACUGCAGGAAAUUUCAGGAAGCACUACCGGUUAAUAAACCCUCUUCUCUCUACUAGUUUACUUUUCUCUUCCGGUCUUCGCGCUCGCAGUGGCACUCGGAAUUGCAAAGAGCGCACAGAAAGGGAACGAAAAAAGAAACGCUGGAUCGAGCCGUUUCUGCCGGACACACUGAAAGACCGAUCUGCUGUGCGUAACAGGGUCUAAACACACUGAACGGCGAAAACUGCAUUUUGCACUUAAUACACUGUACAAGUCUCAUCAUUAAACAGCCACUGAAUUGCACAAAAGCAACUGACAGCAAAAAAAAAAAAAAAGAAAACCCUGACACUGGAAAUGUCUAAGAAUUGUAAAUAAAAAAAUUAAAAAAACCAACCAAACAAACAACAAAAAAAAGAUAAUAGAAAUUACUGCAGAGAGAGGAGAGACAGAAAAAUAUGUAAAAAUACAAGAGGUCAAAAAUGUCACCUUCAUAAUGCAUAGAUCUGUAAUGAGAGAUCAAGUAUUAGUAAUUAAGACAAAUGGCAGAAUGUUAGGAAAUCUCAAAAGGAAGGGGGUGCACAGGGCGUGGGCUGGAGCAAGACUGGGUGAAAUGGAGAUGUGAACAAACUCGUAUAGGAAAAUAUCUUAAGUCUUUGGGUGUAUGUGUGCGUGCGUGCGUGUGUUUGGGGGGUGCUGAAAUUUUUCCAUUCAAACCAGCUUUGUAUUAUCUCCAGCUUUCAUUGAAAGAAAGAAAGAAAAGAAAAAACGAUCCACUCGGUGAGCUUUCUCUCCGCUUCCGAAAAAAAAAAAAAAGUCUGUGAAACACUGUUUAAAAAAAAAAAAGAAAGGGAAAAAAAAAAUCCAUCCUUCAUUUUUUUGUAUUCUUUUUUUUUUUUAUUCUGGGUGUCAGCGCUGGUAAGUUAUCGGCUCUUUCGGCCUAUUGCUAGCUCUGAGGAUACAAGUUCCUAACACUUCAGCAAAGAAAAAAUGAAGAGAAAGCGAAAUAAAUGGCACGAGCAGCUGUUGUCUGUGCGGAUGAGUCCAGUCAUAUGAUAUGAACUCUAGUCAUCGAAGCGCACGCAGGAAAUGGGCGGGAAACGUUGAAUUAUACUGGGUGCCUGAUGCCGUCUAUGAACAGGAAGUGACAAGUGUGUUGUGUUUUGGGUCUAGUCAAAUCUUUUUUGGGGGGGGAGAGAGAGAGAGAGAGAAAAAAAAAAAAAAAGGGCUGUUUCCUGUUGCGUAAAUAACACGUCUGCUUUUCUACGUCAAACGGGACGCAAUAUAAAAGCCAAGCGAAAUGACAAAGCAAGAUGAUUUUUCCCCUUGAAUUAAAUCCGAAUAAAUAUUUUGGUAUUUCACUCGGCCAUUAGGAAGGAAGAACCAAAGGCUGCAUUUUGAGGUUGGCUUGUGUGCAUUUUCAUGGGGCAGCUCAGGGGAGAGGAAAAAUUUGAUGCCAUAUUUCUAUAAGUUGGUUAAAUAGACAAACACAAAUAACACGACAGUGUGUUAAUGGAAUGUUGACUGCGAAAUGAGCCGCUUAUUCGAUUUGAUCGUAAACGUCAAAGAUGGUGCGC